AUGUUCGCCCGUCACUGCUCCCGACUCGUCGCCUCGCGGACCGCCCGGCCGCUGUCCGCCCACCUGCGAACAUACACCUCCGCGACCUCGGCAUACGAGCACAUCCUCACCUCGACUCCCAAGCCCGGCGUGGGAUUAAUCACCCUCAACCGCCCCAAAGCCCUAAACGCCCUCUCCAGCCCCCUCUUCCGCGAACUCAACGAUGCCCUGACCAAAUACGACGAAGACAAGGACAUUGGCGCCAUCAUCAUCACCGGCAGCGAGAAAGCCUUUGCAGCCGGCGCCGACAUCAAAGAAAUGGCCCCCCUAACCUUCUCCGCCGCCUACACCAGCAACUUCAUCGCGCCGUGGUCGCACCUGGCCACCUCCAUCCGCAAGCCCGUGAUCGCCGCGGUCUCCGGCUACGCGCUCGGCGGCGGAUGCGAGCUCGCCCUGAUGUGCGACAUCCUCUACUGCACGGCGACAGCCACCUUCGGACAGCCCGAGAUCAAGCUGGGGGUGGUGCCGGGCGCGGGCGGGUCGCAGCGGCUCACGCGAGCCGUCGGGAAGAGUAAAGCCAUGGAGCUGAUCCUCACCGGCCGGAAUUUCAGUGGGAGGGAGGCUGGCCAGUGGGGGAUGGCGGCCCAGGUGGUUGAGGGCGGGCUGGAGGAGGUGUUGGCCGAGGCUGUGAAGACGGCGGAGACGAUCGCGGGGUACUCGCGCGUGGCGGUCGUGGCGGGCAAGGAGGUCGUCAAUAAGAGUCAGGAGUUGGCGUUGCGGGAGGGGGUCGAGUUUGAGCGGCGCGUGUUUCAUGGGUUGUUUGGGAGUCGGGAUCAGAAGAUUGGAAUGGAGGCCUUCGCGGGGAAGAAGAAGCCCGAGUGGUCGAACGAAUAG